AUGCCACCUGAGGAAGGCAUUGAAAUUGAUAUUUUGACAAAGUAUAUUGAUAAGCUUAGCCUGGAUGUUUGCUCCAUUACUGUCGACAAUCAAGGGAAGCUUGUCUCGGUGUCAUCAGAUCCUGAAGAUGAUGAUACCAUGGCAAUAUAUUACCCUCCCUAUUCCCAGCCUACUUCGCUGCAUGAUUCUUUGGUUAUCAAUCGGUCGAAACUUAUCGAAUUAGAUCGUCUUGGGCCCGAAGUGGAUUUGGUCAGCUACAUCGACGAGUCUGGUAUCAGCAAGGAGGUGAAUUUACCUAAACAUCCUCACCUAAUUUCUUUCGAUCGCGUUGUUUUGGACGAUGCCGAAGCUCGAAUCCUUGGUUUUACAAUACCAUACAUUGCUGGUGGAACCCUUGAAACAAAUACAAGUCGAGUCUUCCGUUUGGAAUGGCUGAAGCAACUCACUGACGUUGUUGACUACUUGAACCUCGACUUAGGCAUCCUGCAUCAAGAUGUUGCCCCCCGCAAUAUCGCCGUUGACCCAGAAACAAAUAAAGUCAUUCUUUUCGACUUUGAUCGGUCGGCCCCAAUAUGUCGGAUGGAAGAUCCCAAACGUAACGAUAUCUCAGGAGUGAUUUUUACUCUCUACGAAAUCAUCACGCAAGACAACAGCUUUCGCCGCGUGCCAUUCGAAGAACAGGACGCAGGAAGAGUGUUGGCGUUGAAAGAGUGGCCGGCAAAGGCGCAGCUCGACAACGAUCUUAGCCUAUAUCGUAAUCACCUGGAUAACUGGGUUCAGAUCCGGACCAAAAUGCAAAACUGUGCAUUAAUAGAAAAAGGAAAUGUCUUCUUUGCACUACCGGAUAUGCCGCCUGCCACACCACUUCUUGUAGGCCAAUACUGUAAUGGAGCGCCCCUGUACAGCAAAUUGGGUAUUCAAAAGAGAACAGAAGCAUUGAAAGCCAAUAGAAGUGUUGUGUCUUGGGAAUGA